AUGGCAUGCCAAUAUCUUCUUCUUGUUGUUGCACUUGUUUUCAUGGUUGUUGUUGGGGCAUUUGUAGUCGAAUCGUCACCUUCACCAGUCCCUUCCAAGGCAUCUUCACCUUUGAAGUCGCUAUCUGCUUCUUCUCUAGUUUCUUCCCCCAAGUCCCCUUCUAUAAAGUCACAGUCACAAUCCUCCAAUGGCUCCUCUUUGUCAUCAUCAAAGUCUGAAGAAGGAGCACCCAAGUCAUCUCAUUCUGGAGCCCCAAAGAGCUCUUCUAGCUCCUCUUCCCCUAGCCCUAGUCAAAGCGACAACCCUAAUGCCAACAAAGGAUACUCUUCUGAGGUUGAGUCUCCUAAGGAGGUCUCAUCACCUCCUUCACCAACUGCUAAUGAUGAAGUUUCUCACUCCCCUUCUCCUAGCCCUAAAAGCAUGGGUGAUGUUGUUGAUAGUGAGACCUUUGCACCAGUACCAACACCCUCUAAUGCCAUUGAAAUAAAGGCCACCACUUGCAUUGUCGGUGUUGUAACUAUUUUUGGAUUCUUCCUCUUUUAA